AUGGGGAGUAAUGCUGCUGACCAACACUGGCUGAGCAACAAAAUUGAAAAAAGGCUAGCUAUCCAUCUUCAGAUGACUAGGAAGGAGGCUAGUGAUUUUCUGAAAGAUGAGUAUGGGAUACAUCCUCAUGAUAAGAUGGUUUACAGGGCAUUAAAGGAGGCAAGAGACAGAAUUGUCGGAAGCGAGAGUGAGCAAUAUGGAAAGCUGAGGGAUUAUCAAUUCGAACUCUUACGCAGCAACCCUGGAUCUACUGCACUCUUAGAAGUGAUACCAAUUCCACAAUCCCCACCAGUAUUUGAUAAGAUAUAUAUAUGCCUGGAUGCAUGCAAAAAAGGCUUCAAGAGUGGGUGUAGACCUCUAAUAUAUUUGGAUGGAUGCUUUCUUAAAGGGUACUUUGGUGGACAGUUACUUUCAGCGAUUGCCCAAGAUUCCAAUAAUCAUUUCUAUACCAUUGCUUAUGCUGUUGUCGGAUCAGAAACAAAGGAGUCAUGGAAAUGGUUUUUAACUCUCUUACAAGAAGAUCUUGGGAAUGCAAGUGUGCACGGAUGGAACUUUAUGUCAGAUCAACAAAAGGGUCUUCUUGAAGCAAUGAAAGAGGUGAUGCCCGAGGCACUACAUCGUAAUUGUGUGAUGCAUAUAUGGAAAAACUUCAUCAACCGAUUUAAGGAUCUGCAAGUCAGAGAUGUGGUUUGGGAGUGUGCAAGUUGUUCAACCCCUCCUGAGUUUGUUGAGACUAUGGAAAAGCUUAAGAAGAUUAAUGAAGAGGCAUGGGAGUAUCUUACAAGAUUUGAUCCUCGGGUGUGGGUGAAGGCUUACCUUAACCAUGGCCCCAAGGUUGAUUCUUUGACAAAUAAUAUGUGUGAAUCCUGGAAUGCCAAAAUAGGAAAGUACAGAAUGAAACCCAUUCUUACAAUGUGUGAAGAGUUGCGCUGUUAUGUCAUGAGGAGAAUGACGAAGCAUAUCACUCUACUAUCAGCAUAUCCUGGAAAGCUUGCUCCCGUACAGCAGAAAAGACUUGGCCGAUUGAUUAGGCCCAGCAACAGAUGGAAUGCAGAAUGGACAGGUGACAACGAGAGGAAGCGGUUUGAAGUGAGUCGAAAAACAUCAAGAGUUGAUGUUGAUUUGAUGAAGCAUACUUGUUCAUGCAAUAUGUGGCAACUAACAGGAAUGCCUUGUGUUCAUGCGAUUGCUGCUAUUAGGAAGAAGCAUGACAAGCCAGAAGAUUAUGUGCACAAAUGGCUUUGCAUGGAGUCCAUCCAUCUGACUUAUGCACACUCAAUCCAACCAGUUCCCAGUGAAGAAUAUUGGCAUAGAACAGGUUAUAUCAAGCCAAAUCCUCCACCCAUCAAGAGGCCGAUUGGUAGGCCAAAGGCGCAUAAAAGAAAGAAGGAUCCAAUAGAGGAUUUGAUCCAAGGGGACAAGGUAAGAAAAACGUUUCGCAUAACAUGUAGCAAGUGCGGCGAGAAGGGUCACAACUACAAGACGUGCAAGGGAGCACCAUCUAAUCCUAACUGGAAGCCUAAAACCAGGAAACCAAAGCACCAGAACUCAAGUAGUCAGGCACUAGUGGAACUUCCAUUAUCCCAAUCUGCUCCAGAGCCUGAGGCUGGCCAGAAUACACAACAGGCAGCUCCAGCUGAACAAGCCCAGGACACUUCUUCACAUGCAGCACCAUUCAGCCAAGCACCAAUCAAGACAACAAAAUAUACUCAUUCCAAAAUACCAGCUAAAUUUAGGCCAAAGCAACCAAUCAAAAGGCCACCUGCACCAACUACAACUCAGACUCAAGUUGCUCCACCAACUUCAACAAGUGUGACAACAACAUCUAGUGGAGGAGUAUCAAAGGAGACACUGGCAGCAACAACUUCUGCCACAACAGGACUAUUCAAGUUUAUACCAAAUCCAGGCUUCAAGAACCAGACAAAGUGA